ACGUUCGCGUUGCACGGUAUAAUCCACGGUCGCGCUCCAUCGUAUCGUCGAGACGGAAUGUGCCCGCAUAAGUGGAAGCGUGGGUUUCGCUCCUCCCGGUCGAUGUGAAAUGUCGUGUAGUGUGCCAGGGUGGCGCCUUCAAGCAGUGCGUGUGCAGUGAGGUGCAGUGGUGUGUGCGAAGGAACGUGGGUCGGUACGGCGACGGCGAGCGAAGUGCGCGGAGGUGGCGGUGGCCGUGCGGCCAUGACCGGCGACAUGCCUCUAGGGAGCGCGCACGCGUUCGGGCGCGCGUUGCUCCGGGAUGGAGCUCUGCCACCUUUGGAGCCCGGCCCGCCCGCGCCGCCACCGGCCGCCGCGCAGCCGCCGGACAAGCGCCCACCGGCCGCCGCCGCCAGCCCCGAGCAGGUUAUGAAGCUGUACAUGAACAAACUCACCCCCUAUGAACACCGUGAAAUUUUUGACUACCCCCAAGUGUACUUUAUAGGCGCAAACGCUAAGAAACGGCCCGGGCUCGUCGGGUUCCCGAACAAUUGCGAGUACGACAACGAGCAGGGAUCGUAUAUUCACAUACCGCACGACCACAUAGCAUAUAGAUACGAAGUGCUCAAAGUUAUCGGCAAAGGUAGCUUCGGGCAAGUGGUGAAGGCAUAUGACCAUAAAAAGCGUGAGAACGUGGCACUGAAGAUGGUGCGGAACGAGAAACGGUUCCACAGACAAGCGCAGGAGGAGAUCCGUAUCCUGGAGCACCUCCGUGAGCAAGACAAGGAUAACACUAUGAACGUGAUACAUAUGUUCGACUCGUUUACGUUCAGAAACCAUACGUGCAUUACGUUCGAGCUGCUCUCGAUCAACCUGUACGAGCUGAUCAAGAAGAAUAAGUUCCAGGGGUUCUCGCUGCAGCUGGUGCGCAAGUUCUCGCACAGCUUGCUGCAGUGCCUCCACGCUCUGAACAAAAACAGGAUCAUUCAUUGUGACAUGAAGCCGGAGAAUGUUCUGCUGAAGCAACAGGGACGUUCUGGAAUUAAGGUGAUAGAUUUCGGUAGUUCGUGCUACGAGCACCAGCGGGUGUACACGUACAUCCAGUCGAGAUUCUAUCGGGCGCCCGAAGUGAUGAUGGGAGCGCGGUACGGCAUGCCCAUCGACAUGUGGUCGCUGGGCUGCAUCCUGGCGGAGUUACUCACAGGUUUCCCCCUCCUGCCCGGAGAGGAUGAAGCGGACCAGAUGGCAUGCAUUAUCGAACUCCUGGGCAUGCCGCCCCAGAAGCUGAUCGAGCAAGGCAAACGUUCCAAGAACUUCAUCAGUAGUAAGGGGCUUCCGCGGUAUUGUACCGCCACGACACUCGCCGACGGCACCACUGUCCUCAGCGGAGGUAUGUCGAGAAGGGGCAAGCCGAGAGGUCCGCCUGGCUCGAAGAGUUUCGUUACGGCCCUUAAAGGUUGCCAGGACAAGUUUUUCAUAGAUUUCAUUAGACGGUAAGUAGUAUUUUGAAAUUUUGACAAAAAUUAACUGCAAAAGUGAAUUUUACUAUCAUAUAUAGAUUUUGUAACGAUAUAAAACAAAGAUGCUUCCCGCUGUCUGUACGCUCAGAUCUAUUAAACUAAACAACGGAUUUUAAUGCGGUUCAUUAAUAUACAGAGUGAUUCAACUAUAGGCAUAUCACACAUUACCACGCGGGCAAAUCCGCAGGCGGAACGCUGGUUGAACCAUAAUUUAUUAAAAAGAAGUAACUUUUUGAUAAGACAUCAAAUAGAUAUUUGACUGUAGCGGCUUCAUAUAUUUAUGUACUUUGUGUGUAUAUCGACUGCCCAAAACAAUCUCGAAACAGUCGUGUACGUUGUUGCCGUCAGAUGCCUAGAGCAGCAUCUAACAGCUCAGGUGUUGCCACGCGCGUUGCCUGUAACGGCGUAUUGUAUAUGAUAAUUGUUAUUGCAUCAAGUGUACGUUAAUGCCAAGAGUGGGAUCAUGAGAAGCGUCUGAAGCCCGCACAGGCGCUCCGUCACGCGUGACUGUAGUUUAUAUUAAGGUUGCUAUUGCAUCAAGUGUACAUUAUUGACUAGAGUACCCUCUUACGGCCCAGGUGCUGACACGCACAUGUCUGUAGCGGCGUAUUAUAUUGUAUAUACGAAAUGAUUGUAAUUGCAUCAAUUGUAUGUUAUUGCCUUCAGAUGUCUGGAGUGGGACCCAGAGAAGCGCCUGACGCCCGCGCAGGCGCUCCGUCACGCGUGGCUGCGCCGGCGACUACCGCGCGCGCCGCACGACGAGGACAACACCCACGUUAGUAUCGCGCACCACGCCAAACGGCUCCACGCCGGCAUUAACGCCGCACCAUAGGUUCGUCCACAGCUUCUUAUCUAUAUAUAUAUAUCGAUGAAGGCUAAGGAAACAUAUGCUGCCGCUAACGAAUAUAUUUGUUUCGAGUAGAUAGGGUAGAAUUCUUGUCAAAUCUUUAAGCCAAUUGUCAAAGUCAGAAAGGAAAACGUCGGAUUCAGAAGUGAUGAUUUAUUUCGGUCGAAUUAUGGUUUAAACUUGGUUCUAGAGAUAGUCCUCGUUUUAAACAUACAGGGUUAUUCAUAAAACACCAGCAACCUUGUAGGAAUAGAUAGCUAAACUAAUAAAUAAUAACAUUUGAUCUAUGAGUUUUGAUAAAUUCGUUACUUUUACUCUUAUAUAAAGUUUAACUUAUUUAUUAAAUCUGCGCCCAUUUUCACACAGCGUGCGAACGAAGCAUCGUCCUUUUGUUUAUGGAUAAAAUAUAAACUUAUAAGUAUCACGUCACGAUUUUGUACAAAAUAAAACUUGAUAAAUCGUUUUCGUUCAAAGUAUCAAGUUAUGUUAAAACUCGUAUAUCGAGCGUUGUUAUUUAUGAUGUUAGCUAUAUAGUCCUGCGAGGUUCUUGGUGUUAUACAAAUAACCCUAUAUAAAAAGAACUGAAAGAAUACUGAGAGAUUAUAAAUAAUAUUUUUAAAAUAACACAGUAGUUUUAAAAGAUGUGAAAAUAUGAAUAAAUUACCAAGAAAAUAAUAAUCUGCAACAUUUUAUUUUCCAAUAGAAAUUGUUCGUAUCUGUCAGUCGGGGUGUAUUCAUUACAUUAAUUAUGUUGUAUUUUCACACAAUAUUUAAUUACGAAGUUCGGUCGUGCCAGUUUCAAAAUUUAUACAACAUAUAAAAGAGAAUUUUAAUGAUUUACUUGCUUAUCAUAUAAAAAAAACUCUAAAUCAAAUCGAUUAUCCAUUAUGAUAUUAAAUUGAUCCAUACUAACGCCAUCUAGCAGUGACAUAAUACUUUAUAGAUGCCAUUUUAAAAUAAAAAAAAUGUUUAGUAAAGACGGAUAUUUGGGCGUGACUUUCUCAUACUUAGCGUCAGCAUAUAUUUCUAAAGCUCAUAAUAUACGUAUAACCAGUAGUAAUCUAUACAAUUGAUCUUGUAAACUUUAAAAUGUUCUUUCUUCCCUUC